CUGAAUAGUACAGAUCAAGAAAUAAUGUCUAGGCUGAGGUUGGGUCAUACAGGACUCAAUAACACACUACAUUUGUUAGGGAAACAUCCAACAGGUCUUUGUGAUUGUGGCCAGGAUAAGGAAACAGUGAAACAUGUUCUUUGUCACUGCACUACACAUUCAGUAAGCAGAAGGCACCUCAAAGAAAGCUUAAAGAAAGGUGGAGGCGGAUGUAUUAGUCCUAAGAAUUUAUUAAGUGGAGAGGAAGGGAAAUGCAGACCUGUGUUGGAAUUUCUACGGCAUAGUGGUUUGAUAAAAAGAAUGUAGUUGUUGCACAUUAUGGAAUAGUUUUUUUCUUUUCUUUCAAUACUCCGACCCACACUCCAGCACAGUAGGUGGCGGAAAUACACCUUUAAGUUAGAAGCCACCGGCCAUAAAACAAGAAGAAGAUGACGUCAUAUCCGCCAUCGAUUGAACAGCAAGCCGCACGUGGAGGUCCGGCGGCUUCGACGAGAGCGCAGCUGGAUUUCUAACGAUGUGGCUCCUCGGUUCUGUUCUUUUCUUCAUCCUGGUCGGUUCUUCUGUCUUUAAAACGCCAGAUUCAAGGAUCAUCACUGCUAAACCUGGAGAUGACGUCACUCUGAGAUGUCAAGAUCCAAACAUCAACGAGGAUUCAGCUUCGGAGUGGACCAGAUCUGACCUGAAGGAGGGAGAAUAUGUGUUUUUAUACAGGAAUGGUGGUGUUGAUCAAGACAAUCAGCAUGAGUCUUUCAUGAACCGAGUGUUUCUGAAUAACAGUCAGAUGAAGGAUGGAGAUCUGUCUGUGGUUCUGAAGAACGUGAAGAUUGAAGAUUCUGGAACAUACAAGUGUUCAGUCCUACAACAAAGUGGUUCACACAGAGAAAUGAAGCCGAUCUCCACCAUCUACCUGCAGGUGUCUCCUCCAGGAAAGGAAGGAGGACAAGAUGAAGGAGGACAGGAGGAAAAACACAAGAAUGAAGGAAGUCUGGCUUUCCUCGGUCUGAUUGUUCCAUUAUUUCUUCUUGCUGCUGCUGUUUUCUGGAUUUACAAGAAGAAAAAAUGUUCAAACCGAAGUUCUACCAACCAGCAGAACCCUGAUCCUAAACUUCCUGAUGUGAAUUCUAACUCAGAGAAAAACAUGAUUGACCUCGAUUCUGUAGUCUCCUCUGAUCCUGAUCUGAUCUUCUGAAAUUCUGAAACAUUUCAGACUCAAAGUCCAAACAAGACGACGUAUUUUAGAAGAGGAAGAUGUAAAUCUCUGAUUGAGAUCAGAUCUUUGUUUUCAUUCUAUAAAAUUAUAUUUAUUUUUCUAUGAAAGUUUUCACUUUUGCGGUUUUAAACAUAAAAAGAGAAGUUUGAAAAUGUCUGAGAAACGUCUAGAGAGUUCCUCUGUGUCUUCCAACCAACUCAGUGGCCUUAGAAAAGACUGAAAAUGGAACCAAGUAUCUUUCAACUAAACACACAGCAUUAAUGAACGGAUCAGGGAGUUAAACCACUGAAUGGUUCCAGAGUGCAGCGGUGUCUGCAGCUCUCCACUCCCUCAGGGGAGGGGUCAAAUGCAGACAUCACGUUCCCGAUGGAAGUUUUUCCAUUCUGGAUUGGCUGUAGACGACGUCUGGACUUUCUGGAACCUGCAGCCUCUCCUGCCGUUUUUAACAUUACAUACACACCUGUUGAUUUAUUGAUAGACUUUUAAAAAGUUAAUUAUGGUGUCUGUGUAUUACCCCCCCCCCCAUCUUUGCACCUGCCUGUAUUCCUGAAAGACAUUUAAACUAUUUAUUUGGGAUAAUUUUAAGUUUUUGUUACAUAGUAAUAUCUAUCUUUAAUUUUACUCUACAUUCAUUACAGUGUUGAUUUCUUUGCGUCUUAUUAUAAAGCACUUUGUCAUUUUUCAUGAAUGAUUGUUUUAAAUAUGAACAGUAUUUAUUUGUUUACUGUGAUGUAAAGUGUUUAAAGGAGACAGAACAACUAACGACUCGUUUCUCUGGGAGAACUUUACUGAACUUUUACUGCACUAAAGCUCAUCAGUCAAAGCUGUGAAUGCGAGAGAAGAAACAUUUGUAACAAAAAGACAUUUACUGUGAUGAACGUCUGAGCUACAGUCUGUGGUUUUGGAUCCAGAAGGAGAUCCGGUGGAUCUGAUCUGUUACUGCAGAGUUCAUGUCUUCAUGUCACAGAAACAUGUCUGGACUCCAACAACAUCUCGGCGUCAGACGUGGUGCUAUGUCCAUCACUAAUGGAUUUGGUUUAUCUCAGAACUAAAGUCAUAAGAAAUAUACUAAACAUACAGUCUUUAGCUGUCUCAAAACGUAUUUAUUUUGUGCAUUUGCCUUUCCAUUCAAACGUGUCUUGUUGUUGACACACACAAACUGCUGGUGAGUUUUAUUGUUCUACUGUUUUAUCUUCGUUUUUAUGUAACUUAUUUAUACAUUUUAUUCUUAAAGUCUACUUUUAACUGUUGUUUUUAUUGUUCUUUGGACUUUUACUGUGCAGCGCCUUGUUUGGCCAACGGCCAUUUGAAGGUACUAUAUAAAUUAAUAAAACCUAAACUUAACUUAAAACAUUGACUGUUCAUGUGUUGGACCAUGACGAGCCAGACGGGGCAGCUUUAGCAAAUAAAAGACAAGAACAAGCUUUACAAAUGGAAUAGAAUCUCUUUCAAAUGAAAUGUUUUGUUUUAUUUUAUUGUGAAUUUGCAAUUGUUUUUCUUUCUUUGGUUUUAGGAAAAUAAAGCUUAAAAACAUCUACAGUUUGAUGUAAGCCUCUGUGAAGAAACUUGUUUUAUUAUUUUAUUAUGUUAACCCAAGAUGUAGCUUACAGAUUACCUUUUCACCUUUUAGGAGCAGAUGUUAAGUGUACUUUCCUGCUCCAUCUCAUGAUUUAGGAUGAAAGAGUUUAUGAUAAACAGUUCCCCUUCAGGGGGGCAGGAUGCUGAUUGUAAAAUUCCAAAUAGUCCCUUGUAUUACAUCCUCCCUGCUCGAGGGUCUUAAAGCCAUAAAAUGUUAAUCCUGAGACAAAUGCGGGAACUGGAGGCUUCUGAGAUAACAAUCAACCAGGACAGGAUCAACCAGAAAUGUGACAUGUGGCGUUUCUUUGAAGAGAUCCCUUUAAAAGGUUUUGUGUCUCAUGAGUUCGUCAGAACACUCUGACAGUCUUCCCUACAUGCCUGUGCACCGCAUGUAUCUUUCUGAGUUCUGUUAUUAAAUACUUGUGUUAACUUUGAA